CUCCUCUGCUCGCCUGACUCCGCUGUGCCCCCCCCGGUGCGGCCUCUGCGCAUGCGCCAACCUGUUAAAAUAAUGCACCGAUGAAGUCCAGGCGGAGGUUUGCUGAAAGAACCGACAGUGAAAGAUGGGAUACAUGACAGUAGAGGAGCACAGCUCCACUUUGCUCCACCUGAAGAGGUCGCCGGGCAUUCGUUCGUGGUCUCUUCUUGUUGGUAUAACAUCUGUUGGGUUGGCAGCUGCAUACUACAGCUCAGACAGCAUCCUGUGGAAGCUUUUCUAUGUGACCGGCUGUCUGUUUGUGGCCAUGCAGAACAUGGAAGAGUGGGAGGAGGCCGUGUUUGACAAAACCAAGAAUCUGAUCGAGCUCAAGACCAUCAGCUUGUACGCUUCAGUCCUGACAUUGUGGAAGAAGGGCCAAGAGAAAGUUGUGUUGGAUCUAAAACAGCUCUGUGAUAUUUGCGUCCAAGAGGAGAGGGUACGCUAUCUGGGGAAGGGGUAUCUGCUGAUGCUGCGGCUGGCUGCUGGCUUCUCCUACCCCCUCACACAGAAUGCCACACUGGGGGGACACAGUGAUGUGGAGGCAGUGGCUGCGUUGCUGAAGCGCUUUGUGGGGCUGGAUGAGCUGCAGCAGCGCAGGCAGCAGGAAGAAGAGGCAGAUGUCGGAGAGGACGACGAUUUUGCGGACGACAGCAGUGAUUCAGAUGAUGAAGCUAGUGAACUCUGAUCACUGUGACUCGCAGCUUCCCUGUAAAUCUGGGUGGAUUAAAUUAGGGGCAUUAAGGAGGGGUGAGCCUUUUCUACAUUUUUUCAUGUGUGCAUGUGAGGUAAGGUUACUGCAGCUGAGGGAGCGUACAAUGUUUUGUCAGGGACAUAUCAAGUUUAAUCAACAUUUUCCAAAUAUUUUUUAGAAUUGUGGGGAAAGACAUUUCCUUUUAUUCUACUGUAAAUGCAGCUUUCUGUAAAUUAAUAUUGUGUCUCAGCGUUUCUGCUGUAAUUACUAUAAGAAUACACUCCAGAUUACAGACUUACUGUGCCUUCCUCUUGUACUCUAAUAGGUGUUUAUGUGUAAAAGUCAAUGGAAAGUGCCUUUCCCACAGUUUGGCCCACCCAGCUGAUAAUCACCUUUUUGCCAGUUUAUAGCUGUAAUCUGAAUAAGCAUGAGCAAACUGUAACCAGGUUUAACAGAUUUUCAUGGCUCAGUCAAGAGUAAUCUAUGUGAAAUUAUUGGGCUGCUGCUGAUCUGGUGUGUAACAUUGUUUUAUACUUUUUGUGAACCAAAGACUGAAUUUCAGGCAACACCUUGGUGAUUUAAAGUGUUUUCUUCCUGUGAACUUUUCUUUGUGUAUUGAAUCAGGGCUGUGUCUAAUGUCAAACAGUGAAUGUUUGUGCUGCUUGGGAGAAAAACCCGAGGAUUUUGGGUUAACUGUUGGUAGAUUUUUAUUGUCUUUGUUAACUUUAUUUCUUUUGCAGAAAUUAUAUAAAAAUGUUUUAAUACAAA